GAGCCUGUCCCUUUAAUUAGGUCACGUGAGUACCAGAGGCCGAGUGAAGAGAGAGACGGAGAAAUGAGUUUCUUAGGCGGUUUGUUUACUCCAGUGUGUGACAUCAAUAUCGUUCUUAAUGAUGCAGACACCAGGAAAACAGCAGAGAUUAAAAGUGAAGAUGGCAAAAUAGAGAAACAUUUUCUGUUUUAUGAUGGUGAAUCUGUAACAGGGAAGGUAAACCUUACCUUUAAACAACCGGGCAAGCGUUUGGAGCACAAAGGAAUUCGAAUUGAAUUUGUUGGACAGAUUGAACUGUUUAGUGAUAAGAGUAACACACAUGAGUUUGUGAACCUGGUGAAGGAGCUGGCCUUGCCUGGAGAAUUGACACAGAGCAGAACCUAUGAGUUUGAAUUCAUGCAGGUGGAAAAGCCAUAUGAAUCGUAUAUAGGGGCCAAUGUCAGACUGAGAUAUUUCCUGAAAGUGACAAUAGUGCGGAGCUUGAGUGAUCUGGUGAAGGAAUAUGACCUGAUUGUGCACCAGCUUGCUACUUAUCCAGAUGUCAACAACUCCAUCAAAAUGGAAGUGGGAAUUGAAGACUGCUUACACAUAGAGUUUGAAUAUAACAAGUCAAAAUAUCACUUGAAGGAUGUAAUUGUCGGUAAGAUCUACUUCCUGUUGGUGAGAAUCAAAAUCCAGCAUAUGGAACUUCAGCUGAUUAAAAAAGAGAUCACUGGUAUUGGGCCCAGUACAACCACAGAGACAGAAACGAUUGCCAAGUAUGAAAUAAUGGAUGGAGCUCCUGUCAAAGGUGAAUCCAUUCCAAUUAGACUGUUCCUGGCAGGAUAUGAUCUAACCCCAACAAUGAGGGAUGUCAACAAGAAAUUCUCUGUGCGUUAUUUCUUAAACCUGGUUCUAGUCGAUGAAGAGGAUAGACGGUAUUUCAAACAACAGGAGAUUGUACUGUGGAGAAAAGCUCCAGAGAAGUUGAGGAAACGAACCAAUUUCCAUCAGCGUCUGGAAUCACCAGAGCCACAGGCCUCCGCUCAGCAGCCUGAAAUAUGAAGAAAGAGUGAGCAAGAUGACGGUCCCUUUAAGAGUUGCCACAGACAUGGUCGCUGUGCACGAUCCCACAGUUUCUUUGUGAUAUUAAACUUUCUGCAGGUCACUAACGGUUUCUCAAACACUGGAACUCUAAAGCUAGCUUUUUAUACUGUACAUUUUGUUUCAACUUAUGCACUAAAAAUCUACACUGAGCAAGAUGUUGGUUUGAUGGUUCUGUAUGUACUUGUGCAUGGAGGUGAAUUUAUUUAAACCUGGGAAUUACUGUGUACAGAUUAGCUCAGAACAGAUUUCACUUCCUCCAUUUCAAACAUACACGCUAAUGCUUGAUGAGAAGGGAUGUUAAGAGUAUGUUUAUUGUUUGUAUAUUUCCAGCUUGUUACAUGUUGAAGUUUGGUGAUGGUCCUGUUUCCACUAAUAAUUUUUGUUUUUGCUUGGUGUAAACAAGUGGCAUGUUCCAACUCCCAGCAGUGCUCCAGGUAGCAACACAAGUACUAUAACGUCUCUCUGCAUUGCAGACGCAGCAUUGAGGUUAAACAAUGCCCAGGGCCCAGUCAUUAUCUCCUAUCUCCCUGCAUCCCUUUGCCCCCCCCCAUCUCCCGUCCCUCCCCUCACCUCAUUUCCCAAGGAGUAAGCACUGUGCUGGGGCCUGUAUUCUGACCUGUGCUGCGAUGCAGUUACUGUCAGUGCAGGUACAGUGUAGGAGUAAAGUUUCCUGUCUCCCAAUGUUUUCCUGUAAAGUGCCUGAGAACAGUUUAAAGCCAGUUAAUGCCAAAUAUUUUCCUGCAUGUCUGUGUCUGAUAUCAAGAAUAAAUGGAAAUAUUUUAAGUACUGUUAUUUCAGAUGUAUUAUACCAUCCAAAAAAAGUGUAUCUCCUCUAUAUUCAAUAAAGUCUUUGCCAGUGUAUCCAAUUACACUUGAAUUCAAA